GCUCCUCAGCCGCCCAGCAGCUGGCAAGCGAGCGGGUGGUGAGCGAUUCUCGCCCGGCCGGGAGGGCAGCGGACGGAGCGGGAACCCGUUCCAGGCCCGGGACGCGGCGGAGAGGAGCCGGGCGCUUGCAAGCAAGAUUGAAGCAACCUCCGGAGCAGCAGCGGCGGCCGGGCGAAGCUCCGCCGGGGGCGCGGGGAGAGCGGAGCCGGGGACCCUGCCUGCCCUGGGCGAUGAUCCGGCUGCGGGACGCGCUGUGCUGGCUGGGCGGCUGGGCGCUCCUGCUGGGCUGCCCGGCCGAUGCCGUGGCCGCUUCCGCCAGCCUGCAGCUGCCGCCCUGCCGAGAGGCAGACUACCAUUUCGAGUACACCGAAUGUGACAGCAGCGGAUCCAGAUGGAGAGUUGCGAUCCCAAAUCCAGGAGCCGAGUGUUCUAGCUUGCCUGAUCCCGUCAGAGGGAAAGAAUGCACUUUCUCUUGUGCUUCUGGGGAAUAUCUGGAAAUGAAGAACCAGGUUUGCAGUAAAUGUGCUGAAGGGACUUACUCGUUGGGAAGUGGGAUCAAAUUUGAUGAAUGGGAUGACCUGCCGGCGGGAUUCUCUAAUGUAGCAACCUACAUGGACAGCAUUCUUGGCUCAGCCGAGAGUAAAGCUGACAGCUGUGCUAAGUCUUCCUGGACCCCUCGUGGGAAUUACAUUGAGUCCAAUAGGGAUGACUGCACCGUCUCGUUAAUCUACACGGUCCACCUGAAGAAAUCCGGUUCCAUCUUUUUCGAGUAUCAGUAUAUUGAUAACAACAUCUUCUUUGAAUUCUUUAUUCAAAACGACCAGUGUCAAGAAAUGGACUCCACCAGUGAUAAAUGGGUGAAAUUGACAGAUAACGGAGAAUGGGGUUCCUAUUCUGUAACCCUGAAGUCAGGAACUAAUAUCCUGUACUGGAGAACAACUGGGAUACUAAUGGGGUCGCAGGUGGUGAAGCCCGUCCUUGUGAAAAACAUCACAAUUGAAGGGGUGGCCUACACGUCUGAAUGCUUUCCCUGCAAGCCAGGCACCUUUAGCAACAAAUCAGGUUCCUCCAUGUGUGAAAUCUGUCCAAGAAACACCUACUCAGAAAAGGGGGCUCGGGAAUGCACCAAGUGUCCUGAAGAAACACAUUAUUCAGAUGAAGGAUCAGGACAAUGUCUGGAACGCCUUCCUUGCUCCAAUAAAGACUUUUUCCAGAUCCAUACUCCGUGUGAUUGGGAAGGAAAAACCCAGCUCAUGUACAAAUGGGUGGAGCCCAAGAUCUGCCAGGAGGACGUCUCUGAAGCGGUGAAGCUACCUCCUUCGGGAGAAAGGAAGGAAUGUCCGCCUUGCAACCCUGGUUUUUACAACAACGGAUCAUCUUUCUGUGCUCCGUGUCCACCAGGGAUGUUCACUGAUGGAACUCAAGAUUGCAAGGCCUGUCCUGCUGGAACUGAACCAGUGCUUGGAUUGGAAUAUAAGUGGUGGAACAUUCUGCCUCUCAACAUGAAGACUUCCUGCUUCAACGUGGGGAAUUCAAAAUGUGAUGGGAUGAAUGGCUGGGAAGUUGCUGGUGACCACAUCCAGAGUGGGGCAGGAAGCACAGACAACGAUUAUCUCAUUGUCAACCUCCACAUACCAGGAUUUAAGCCUCCCACGUCAGUCACGGGAGCGAUGGGCUCAGAACUUGGACGGAUCACUUUUGUGUUUGAGACCAUCUGUUCUGCAGACUGCGUGCUCUACUUCAUGGUGGACAUCAAUAAGAAGAGCACAAACGUGGUGGAGUCAUGGAGUGGAGCUAAGGGCAAGCAGUCGUAUGCUCAUAUCAUUUCCAAGAACGCUUCCUUUACGUUCACCUGGGCUUUCCAAAGAACCAAUCAAGGCCAAGAUAACAGGAAACUGAUCAACGACGUGGCCAAGAUCUACUCGAUCACUGUGAGCAAUGCGGUUGACGGAGUGGCUUCCUCCUGCCGGGCCUGUGCAAUUGGUCUAGAACCGUCCGGCUCCUCCUGCAUCCCAUGCCCCGUUGGGCACUACAUAGAGAAGGAAACCAACCAGUGCCAAGAGUGUCCUCCCAAUACAUAUCUCUCUAUCCAUCAAGCCUAUGGAGAGGAAGCCUGUGUCCCUUGUGGGCCUGGGAGCCAAAGCACCAAGGACCGUUCUGCCUGCUAUAAUGACUGCAUGUUCUCCCAUGUCAGGAACAAUCAAAGUCUGAUUUACGAUUUUAGUCGUUUGAGCAGAGUGGGCUCAUUAAUGAAUGGACCAAGCUUUACAGCAAGAGGCACAAAAUUCUUCCAUUUCUUCAAUAUCAGCCUGUGUGGAUCCCAAGGAGAAAAGAGAGCCAUUUGUGCGGACAAUAUAACGGAUAUCACCCUGAAGGAUAUGGUGUCCGAGUCAGAAGACUAUUCCAAUGUCGUGAGGGCGUUUGUCUGCCAGUCGACCAUCAUCCCACCGGACAGCAAAGGCUUCCGCGCUGCUUUGGCCCUUCAGUCUAACAGCCUGGCCGACGUGUUCCUUGGAGCAACUGUUGAAACUACACUAGGAAAUGUUAACAUUAAGCCAGAAGUGUUUGAGCAGUCUAAAACAAAGCUACCCGAUGUUCAUUUCUAUUACAAGUCUUCAGGAGUUUCAGCCACUUGUGAAAAUGGCCGUGUGUCUGUUGUGACAAUGAGGUGCAACCCCACAAAACUUGGCCAGGGAGGCAUUUCAGUUCCCAGUUCUUGUCCUGCAGGGACCUGUGAUGGGUGUAUAUUCCACUUCUUGUGGGAAAGCGCAGAAGCUUGUCCCAUGUGUACCGAGCAGGACUAUCACGAGAUCGAAGGUGCUUGUAAAAAGGGGCACCAGGAAACCUUAUAUGUCUGGAAUGAACCAAAGUUAUGUAUAAAAGGGGUUUCCUUGCCUGAAAAAAAGAUUAUAAUCUGUGAAACGCUGGAUUUCUGGCUGAAAGUCGGUGCAGGGGUUGGUGCCUUCACAGGAGUCCUGCUCAUUGCCUUAACUUGCUAUUUCUGGAAGAAAAAUCAGAAAUUGGAGUAUAAAUAUUCGAAACUGGUAAUGACGGCCAAUUCAAAAGAGUGCGAGCUUCCGGCUGCCGAUAGCUGCGCGAUCAUGGAAGGAGAAGACAACGAAGAGGAAAUAGUGUAUUCGAAUAAGCAGUCGUUGUUAGGAAAACUCAAAUCACUGGCCACGAAGGAAAAAGAGGACCGCUUUGAAUCUGUCCAGCUGAAAUCCUCCAGAUCUCAAAAUAUAUGAAGAUUCAGCUUUGCCCAUUGACUCCAAUUUCUAUAUGCAGGGGACCAAUUUUUCAACUCGUGCUGGCCUACAUUGGAGGGUCAACUGGCUUCCUGUGAGAAACGUUGAGCGAUCCCUGGUGGACAAAGAAAGCAACAAAGAAAGAGAAGGAAGAAGAAGAAAAAAGGAGACACUGCCUUAUUGUGAGACUCAGUUGCCAAAAGCAAAGCCAGCCCUUGGCAUCCUACAGCUGGUUCAACUCAGGGAAUGAGGAACCAUGGAUGGUGUAGCCUGUUGGGUUGGCUCAGAGGCAGAAAAUGUGCAUGGCGUUUCCUUAAAUAUACAGUAGCAAGAAAUUAAGAAAUGGACAGUUUUUUGCCCUCCCUGCUUCUCAGUUCUCACCUUUUUUCCAGAUGUUGCUUCAUCCUGUCCUGGGAGAGAGAGGUCCUACCUGACACCAGGUAGAGACCUACCUGUGCAUUGCUCUGGCAUGGCCGAUGCUGCUUCUUGUUAUCCCUCAAGUUCCUGGCGGUCGCCGACAUGAAACUGCCUGCGUCUUAGAACGUUUCCAUGACCAGAUUCCACCUUGCCACGUUGAGUUUGCAUCUUGAAGUUGAAACUUCAGUUAAUACUUGAAACAGAAGAACUGUGGAUGGUUCCAGUCUGCAUCUUUGAAAAAGUUUCUUUCUCAUCUUUGGAAAGAAGUGUGCUUGACAUAGAGAGCAGUGUGUGUGUGUAUGUGUGUGGGUCUUGCUGAAGACUGGGAAUCUAGUUUCUCACCAGUAGAACCAGCCUCUUCCAGUUGCAGGUGGAUCACACUUAAAGAUAAAAAAUGUCAUUCUCUACUUGGUUAUCCAGAAAGACAGCCCUCUGUGUUCAGUGGGACUUGUUCCCUAACAAGAACUAUCAGAAGCUUGAUGUUGCUCACACUUACACCCAAACUCAUUGGCUUUACACAAACCCUUUCCUAUGGAGGUCCUUUCCCCCAUGAUUGUGUUUGUUUCGCUUACACCUUAAUCCUAUGCACACUCUUUUCAAGGGUGGUGUAGGAAAAUGGGACUGUAAUGAGGAACUAGCUGCCUUUUACAGCACUGAUGGCCUAUGGCUACCAAAGGUUAGACCUGGCUCUUCUUAAUGUCCGCGUUCACCUGAAUAGUUGGAUGCUUAAGGAUCAUGUUUGGUCUGUGCACACCUGUCUAGAUUGAAAGGGAAAUAAUCAAUGCAAAUUGGGCUUCAAUUUUUUUUUUGAUAUAAUCUUACUUCCUUGCACUUAUUUCCUUCUGCAGGUGGCAACAGAAAAAAUAUUCAAGGUGAACAGAGUCAGCAGUUGGGUAUAAGAGCAGUGAAGGGGAUAGAGGAGGAACGAAGGAGUAACUCAUGGACCAAAAGAGCUUUUUUGUUGUUGCAGAAUUAUUUUCCAGCAACUGAGAACCAUCUGAAUGGUAGCCCAGAGUUGGAAAGACCACAGGGGAAUUUUGGUCUUGCUAUGGCCCUCCUUUCUUCUCUCGACCAUGCCCAAUGUCAAAAAUCAGCCACAAGGAUGUCAUAUAAUCUUCACGUUUUCAGAAUUUCCAACAUAAAGGCUAUAUCCAUCAGUAUAAAACCAGGGAGAUAAAUUCUAUGAAAGUUUAACAGUAUGUUUUAUAAACGUAUAAUUAAGUUAUGGGUGAACUGGGAUUUUUAAUGAGUUCUAAUAGGUUCUGAAAUGGUUAUAAUGAAUUCUAAAAAUAUAUAACUGUGUGUAUAGUAUAAAGCACUGGAAAAAAACGAAGGGAGACUACUGUAAUGAGGGUUUUUUUUUUUAAAAAAAGAAAAAACAAAAAAGCCAUUCUCUGUGGUUUAUGGCAGACGUUUGAUUAAUAAUCCUUCUUUGAAUGAAACCAGAUCUGAAGCUGUAUGCAUUCUGAAUAAUUACCCCAGACUCCCAAUACCAGGUUCUGAAGAUUUAUUAAUCUUUCAUAGGAGGAAGAUAAUUAAAUUUACCCAAUGUGCGACAUACAGUUGCAGAAUAUAGGAUUUCUUCUUCUUUGUGCGUCACAGAAAUUCAGGGAGGGCUUGCAAAUUCCUCAUUGUUAAAAUUGCACUGCACUUCAACCCUGACAAACACAGGCACACAAAAGAUGCAACCCCCCCCCCCAAAAAAAAAACCCCAGCACAUUUUCUUUACCUCUGAAUGCUUGAACAAAACGAUCUGGUGCAUUUUUAUUCAGAAUUAGUUUGCAGGGGUUUCGGUGAGACUCACUCCUUACUCGCUAUGCUUUGGACUAUAAUUUUAAGGCAUUUUUUUUGUGUAUAUUUGAUGAGCUUCGUCUAUAACUUUAUCUUUACUUUAUUUGCUGUGAAAGUUUGGGAUACAGGCAGUCCUCAACUUACAACCACAACCGAGUCCAACAUUUCUGUUGCUAAGAGAGACAGUUCAGUGAGUUUUGCCCUAUUUUACUACUUUUUGUGCCACAGUUUUUAUAAGAAUCACUGCAAUUGUUACGUUAGUAACCUGGUUGUUAAGUGAAUCUGGCUUCCCCCAUUGACUUUGCAUGUCGGAAGGUCGCACAAAAAGGAUCACCUGACCCCGGGAUGCUGCGACCGUCAU